CUUGGCAGGUCGCUGGGGGGCGUCAUUGGGCUAUAAAUGGCGGAGGCUUUGGAAAGGACCGCCAGAGACCAUCCGACACUCAUUCCAGAAACACCCACUCAAGAUGGUGUCCCGAGGCGUGGCUGUGGCGGCGGCAGUGGCGGUGGUGCUGAGCGUGGUGGCGACAGUGCGUGCCGAGCCGGGCCUCUUCAAGGGAGGCUGCCGUCCUCACGUCAAAUACGUCCCGCACUACACCACGGUGCUUCAGAAGGUGCCGGUCUACCACACCGUCUACAGGGAGAAGAUCGUGCCCGCGCCCAUCUACAAGACCCAGUACAAGACCCUCUACCACACGCAGUACCACACACAGUUCGUGCCAAAGUACGUCACCAACACCAACUACAACACCAAGGUCCAGUACGUGCCGGAGUACACUACGCAGUACCACACGCAGUACCAGCCCAAGUACGUGCCCAAGACAGAGUACGUGCCCAAGUAUGUCUCCAAGACCCAGUACCACACGGAGUACUACACACAGACGCAGUACAAGACGGUCUACAACACCCAGUACGUGCCUGAGUACGUGACGAAGAAGGACGUGCAGUACCAGACCAGGUACCACACCCAGUACGUGCCGCAGUACCAGACGGUGGUUAAGACACAGCUCAACUACAAGACCUACUGCCCUGAGUCCUCCUACGGCAGCUACUGAAGAAGGCGUGGCAGAAGGGGAGGGUCUAGAGUGGCCGGUUCGCUGUCUCUCGUCUCCCUUCCUCCUCCUCCUCCUCCUCCUCCUCCCUGUUAAUACUUUACCGUUGUUACUCUUCUCGUUUUCUGUAAAUUAAUAAAUGCUUAACUGACGAA